AAGCUUCUUACAAAGUGAUUCAUCCUGGUUUGAUUGGAACGACGAAGAAGCUGUCCUAUUCCCAAACUGGGAAACAGGAAUCACCUGAUUAGAAAGUGGGAUAACUUCUUGAUGAGGACCUAAAGUCAGUAGCUGGACCACCAACUCAUGAGAUCAACCAUACAAGCUACAUUGGAGCCAGCAGCGACAUAGGUGCACUCAAAGAAGGAUAUCUUUGCAACCAUAAGGAAUUUAACCGUGAAACCAGUUUCUAUAGAUUCUCAACUCAACCAGAGCACGCAGCGAAUUGGUUUCAUACCAAAAAGAGUAAUGGUUUAGGAGAUAUGCCAGUUACAAGUCAGACUAUCUACACUACAUCCGAAUUGGUUCUAAUUAAGGAAAGUAAUUCUUUGCUUAAGGAGUGUGCAACUCAAACUCACGUGUGGAAACCAGGAGAUUAUUCAUUACAUCUAAGAGCAGUGGGAGAGUUUCUACCAUGCACCAGCAGCCACAUGAUCAAGAUGAAUCCCUUAUUUGUCAACUUACCUUACAUGGAUGCAUUCACACUUGGAGUUAUUGAAGACCAACGGCUCUUUCCCCUUCUGUUCAGGCACGACUUAGAGACUAUCCAGACAUCAAAGGAGAUCCCAAGGAUGCAUUUCUUUCUUCCCAAACUCACAAGAUACAAGGAGAGAAGAAAACUUCCAUACAUGGACAGAUUCUGCACCAACUUAGUCCAACGGCUAGUUUUUCACUUAUUAUUUCUUUCCAAGUUAUUCCUUUAGGCAUUUGUGUUCUUUUCUAUUUAAACUGAGCUAAGUCUCAUUUGUAAAGCACCCUUGCACGAAAUUAAUAAAGUAUUAUUCAGUUUACAAAGUUUGUCUUUGUUUUGUUCAAUUAGUCUUUAGGUGGAUUCCUUUAGAUUUCUUGUCCGUUUGCUUGUCUCCUUAGUUUGUGGAUUCAUUCUAGGAUACAAGUGUAGGUCUCUGUCUUUGUGUGGAUUCACAUAGGCGCAGGCUUCUGGUCUUAUCAAAGGGAUAUUUCCGCAACCCUUUGUGGCGACAAUCGACCCAUUCAAGCUUGACAACUCUUGUUGCCUUGUGAUCUAGCCUUUGUUAGCUUAGGCUUGUAUCAUUUUUGGUAUCAGAGCUUCAAAAGCUCCUAUCUAUCAGGUUAUAUCUAUCCUUGUCUCUAUUCAUUUGCAUUUGUUUAUUUGUUUCAUCUCUUUUGCAUUUGUUUCAUUUAUAAAAUCAUAUAAAAAAAAAACCAUAAAAAUUGUUUGCAAUUUCUGUCCAUUUUUGCAUUUGCUUGUUCUUGGUGUUAAAACCAGGGAGGCACGACAAAGAUGACCAUUUACUUUCUUUGAUUCAUAUAAAUUUGAAAAGCCAAAAGAAAUCGUGUUUGCAUUAGUUGUUUCCUUAGUUUCCAUUUCGGUUUAUUCACUUACUAUAAAAAAAAAAGGUCAAUUUUGUUUCUUGCUUCUUUUAAAUUCUAAAAAUUAUAAAACCAGAAUAAAAAGUUAAUUUCAUUGUCUUAGUUUAUAUAUUUCGUGUUUCCAUUAAAAAAAAAGUGAAUUCUUUUUCAUUUGUUUUAAUUUUCCAAAAAAAAAAAUAAAUAAAUAAAAUAAAAACAAGGAGAUACUAAGUUUCCAUUUUUCUUUGUUCUUUCUUAUUCUUCUUUCCUUUCUUUUGCUAAGCCACGACUUAAUUCCUUUUUCUUCUGUUUGUGCAAGGCAAACUCUGAGAAAAGAUAGAGAAGACGCCAAUGGAGGAUUACUCAGAAGAAGAGGCUGAAGAAUACAACACGUCUGAGGUAGAUUGGGGAGAAGAAGCUGACCAGGAUUGUUGGGACGAUGGAGAUGACCACACUGAAGGUCAUUGGUGCGCAGACUCUGUUCCAGAGUAUGUCCCAAACGAUGAACAAGAAUACCCAGAGGUGGAACCAGAAUCAAUGGACCGGUAUUCAACUUGCUAUGGUCCCAAAUCCCAACUCAUCUAUGAGGAUAGUUCUGAAGGGAAAUAUUAUUCUCAAGCGUGUCCUAGAAGAGAAAAGACCACCGUGGCUGCACCAUCAAGAUCUUAUCAUGGGAGUCUAUCAAGACAUGCUCACAGCAAGCCAUGGAACUACAAUGGAGAUCAGUUUUAUCAGAAUCGCUUGGCUGCACCAUCUAUACAUUUUUCUGGUCAUAAGCAAGGACCAAGUGCAUAUCUAAGGUGGGAGGACGACAUGGAGCAAUGGUUUAUAGCUUGGAGAAUUCCAGAGAAGCUAAAGCUAACUUAUGCGAAGGAUACCUUAACCGGAGAGGCAUACAAUUGGUGGAGUCAGCUAGAUGCUGAUAGGAUCUAUUUCAAUGAUCCGGCUUUUACUUGGAAAGAGGUUAAGAUGCUCAUGUAUAGUGAGUUUGUGAAGAAGGCAAAAUACAUUCAGAAGGUGUCCACAAGGAGAUUAAUAAAGCACCAAGUCUUGCAACCCACAGUUCAGAGAGAAGUUGUUUCCCAAAGACAAAGUUCAAGGCCAGUGCAUCCACCUCAAGUCAAACGAAACCAAGGUGAGCACUCUAACUCUUUAAAACCAUCUGAGGUUAUUUGUUAUAGGUGUCAAGGCAAGGGCCAUCUAGCAAAGGAGUGUCCCACAAAACGAGUUGUGAAGUCAGUACUAUCUGAAGCAAAAGAAACAAACUUGGAGGUAAGUGAUUCCGAUACUAGAAUUGAUGAUUCCUUUUCUAGAAUGGAUAAACAUAUUGAUGAUCUUAUCAACUUGAUUAAAGCUAGAUCUACUUCUGUUUCUAGUAAUUCCAUGACUGUCUUAACACACUUGUCUAGCGCCCAAAAGGUUGAAAGUAUUUCAGGUACUAACAUAGAAAUCAAGGAACAAGAACCCAACCUUGCUGCGCAAUCAAGUCCAACACUUGAUAAGGUGAUUUCUGAACUUAAAGUGAAUAAUCUUACUUAUCAAAACACUGGUAUGAUGCACUUGCACUCUGUCCAGAAUGUUGAUGAAGGUCUAGGUAAUGAGGAGACACGUACAGAAGCUAAACAACAAGAGAAUAAUGAGCAAUCUACCCUAGAGACCUCUACACCAGCUGAUCAUGCUUUAGAGGUAGUAAAUACCAAAGCUGAAUCAAUGCAAGAUAACCAGGUACAAUGGAGAAGCAUCCAGAACCAAACUCACAACCUUACACCCAAGCAGUGGUCAAUGGAGAAACCAAUUGUGAAAUAGGAGAUUUCGAAAAGGAGACCACGAUCCUUCCAAGGGAAAUCAUAGACCGACCAUGGAAAGGGGGCAUAGCUUCCCUACUGAUCAAAGAAGAACCACCAGUUGGACAAUGCAUCACAAAACCGUGCAUAUACCAGGGUAAGACCCUAGCCUCCCAAAUUAGAAUGAAACCUAACUUGCUCUAUCUUGGUGCAGGUAAAUUGGUUUUGAGGACAAAACCUUUUGAAGAGGGAGGGAAUGAUGAGGACCUAAAGUCAGUAGCUGGACCACCAACUCAUGAGAUCAACCAUACAAGCUACAUUGGAGCCAGCAGCGACAUAGGUGCACUCAAAGAAGGAUAUCUUUGCAACCAUAAGGAAUUUAACCGUGAAACCAGUUUCUAUAGAUUCUCAACUCAACCAGAGCACGCAGCGAAUUGGUUUCAUACCAAAAAGAGUAAUGGUUUAGGAGAUAUGCCAGUUACAAGUCAGACUAUCUACACUACAUCCGAAUUGGUUCUAAUUAAGGAAAGUAAUUCUUUGCUUAAGGAGUGUGCAACUCAAACUCACGUGUGGAAACCAGGAGAUUAUUCAUUACAUCUAAGAGCAGUGGGAGAGUUUCUACCAUGCACCAGCAGCCACAUGAUCAAGAUGAAUCCCUUAUUUGUCAACUUACCUUACAUGGAUGCAUUCACACUUGGAGUUAUUGAAGACCAACGGCUCUUUCCCCUUCUCUUCAGGCACGACUUAGAGACUAUCCAGACAUCAAAGGCGAUCCCAAGGAUGCAUUUCUU